AUGGCGCGCGCCUCGCUCCGCGCCGCUGCGACGCUGCGCGAGCUGGCGGCCUCUCAGGCCUGCGGCGCGGCGGUCGUUCUCCGCGCGGGCGACCACUCCUUCUCGCGGCCGCGCGUGCUCGAUAUGCUGGGCGAGCUCUCCGCGGCGCGUGCAGCGCGGACAACACAGAGCGCGGUGCUCAUGGGUACCGACGGCGCGGAGCACGGGUCGCUGGGCAGCAACAUGGCGAAGGUGGCGCGCAUGGACGCGGCGGCGCGCGCCAAGCACUUCCAGGAGCUCGCCAACCUCAUGCGCUCGCUCGGCACCUUGUCCGACGGAGGAGGGUGGGCGCCGGCCGUCGUCGCUCUGGACGGCGUGCUGUGCGGCUCGGCGGUCGGCGCGGCGCUGCACGCGCCCUUCUUCGUCGCGACGGAGCGGACGCGCCUCUGCCUGCCCGGCCCCUCGCACGGCUGCCCGCCGGAGUCGCUCGCGUCGCACCGGCUGGCACGGCUGCCGCACGCGCUCGGCCGCUACCUCGCGCUGACGGGCGCGGCGCUGACGGGGCCCGAGUGCUACGCGCUCGGGCUGGCGACCCACCUCUGCGAGGCGCACGCGCUGCCGCAGCUCGCCGACGCCCUCGGCGAGGGCUUCUCUGACGGCGGAGAGGGCGGAGCUGCGGCCGGCGGAGAGGGCGAGCGGCGGCUGCUGUGGCGCGUGUCUCGCCGGCUGUCGGACGCGUGCGUGGAGCUGCCUCCGCUGGGCGGGUGGGGGGAGGAGCACGCGCUCUACUACGCGCCGCAGGUCGAGGCCGCCUUCUCGCGCGGCUCUCUCCCCGAGGCGUCGCCGCUCGCGCUGUCGCUCACCUUUGCGCAGCUCCGCGCCGGGUUGCUCCACCGCUCCAAGGUCGAGCUUCUGCAGGCGGUCGAGACCGAGGCGCGGCGGCGGCACGAGACGCGAGCCGAGGUGGAGGACGAGGCGGUCGCGAGGCUCGUCACGCCCCUCUUCUGA